UAUAAAUAACGAUAUCAUAAUAGAAAAAAAAAUUUAAUUGAGAAUGGAUAAAAUUAUAAUAGGAUUGAUUCAAUUAUUCAUAUUUUGUUUAUUAUAUGAUUUACGUUUAAUUAAAGCACUAUCAUUAACAAAUUUAACAGUACCACGUGUUGCAGAUUAUCGAACCAUAGCAAAAUUAUCAUGUACAUAUGAAAUGGGAAAACAUAAACUAAAUUCUGUAAAAUUUUAUAAAGAUGGAUUGGAAUUUUUUAGAUAUUCACCGAUGACACAACGUUCAAUAAUGACAUUUGAAGUGGCUGGUGUAAGAAUUGGUAGCACAGAUUAUUUUUGUAAUCAAUUUAUAUGCAAUGUUGAAUUAAAACAUUUAACACGUGACUCAUCUGGAGCAUAUCGUUGUGAAGUAUCUGGUGAUGCACCUGAAUUUAAAUUAGUUGGUCAACAAGCAAAUAUGACUGUUGGAGUUUUUCCACAGUAUAGUCCUACAAUUAGUAAUAUUGGUAGAUUUUAUCGAUUUGGUGAACAAAUAUCAGCAAAUUGUACAACAGAUUGGUCAUCACCUGGUGCCACAUUAACAUGGUUUAUAAAUGAUGAACAGGCACCACAGGAAUUUCUUCAACAACAGCAUGAAAUAUCAAGUAAUAAUGAUGGUUUUACAGUUUAUUCAAGAAGUCUUGAAAUUCGAUUUUAUAUUGAUAAUUUAAAUUAUAUUUUACCAAAUGGUAAAUUACAUUUACGUUGUAUAUCUGAUAUAAUGAGAGUUCCAGCAUUACGUAGAGAAGUAAUUGUUAAAACAUCUAUACUAUCAAAAAAUGAUUUAAAUAAUGAAAAAUUAGUGAAUGGUAAAGAUUGUGGAAAUGACCUAAUAUCAAGAACAUUCUUCAAAAAUAUUUUAAUUUUAUUAUCAAUAUCAAUACAAAUUAUUAAUUUUAAUACAAGAUAGUUAUUUUAAAAAAUAUAUAUAUAUAUAUAUAUAUAUAUAUUCUUAUAUAAUAUAUUUUAAUAUUAAUAAUUGUAUAAUAAAUAAAAUUAACAAAAUAAUAAAAUAUCAAAAAAAAUAUGAAAUAGAAAUUAUUAAAUAUAUAGAAAAACACAUAAAAAGGAAGAUAUCAAAAUGAAAAGAAGAAAAUAAAAUUAAAAUCAUGGCUGUAGUCGUAAUAAGUGAAAACAUGACAGAUUUAUAAAAUAACUAAGUUAUAUAAUUAUACAUAUAUAUAUAUUAUAUAAAAAAACACAAAAUGUAUAUUUCUAUACUUAAAUAAUUAAUAUAUAAGUUUAAAAUUAUUAAUAUAUAAUUAUAUAAUAGUAAU